AUGCAUACAACCUCCGUUAUUCUCGCGAGAGAAACAACAACAACACCCUCAGGAGUUCCCGGGAGGAAUGAUGUACUCAGAAGUAUUCCUGUGAAUAAUAAUCGAGGAAGAACGACGAGAAAACAACGACACCGGUUAAAAGCGAGAAGAGACGCAGUAGCAGUAGCAGCAGCUGAUGAUGACGAUGAUGAAAAGUCCUCCUCCAAAUCUGCAUCGUUUCGUCUGAUCCUCAUGAGGCAUUCGGAAGCGGCGGAGGAAGACGAGGAGAAGAAAAAAUACAGGAGGGACAUCGAUCGACCUUUAACCGAACGAGGCAUUACGUACGCGAAGAAACUCUCGGAGAAUUUAAAAACGAUUUGCGGCGAGGAGUGGAUGCCGACGCGGAUCGUGUGCUCGAGCGCGAGGCGGACGCGAGAGACGCUGAUGGCGAUGGAUUUAGUACCGACGAUGUCAAUUUUCAACGACAAAGUCUCUUCUUCUUCCAGUAGCAACAACAAUACCGUGGUGUAUUUGGGGUCGAUUUAUCACUACGCCGGGAUGGACGGCGUGUUUGGGUCGCACGUGAAGCAGUUGAUUAUCGGGGAGAGCGAGACGUUCGAGGGGGAACAGACGGACGAAGUCGUUUUGAUCGUCGGGCACAAUCGAGGAUUGGAAGAAGCGGUGCGAGAGUUCACCGGGGAGACGAACGUGGAAAUGAACGUGGCGAGUUUAGCGUGUUUGAGGAAAAGGAAGGAGGCGAAGACGAGGGAGACUUGGGAGCAAGCGUUGGAGGAGAAGGAUGACCCGAACGACCCGAAGAAGUCGUCGCUUUGGACGUUGGAGCAUUUGUUAGACCCGAACGGUCAGUGUUUAGAUUGCGGUUGGGGAGACGUUCCGCGAGGGUGA